AAUCACCAAAUGUAAUGAUCCCAACGCCCGGAACUCCAACCGGGCUGUCUCUUCAACCCGGUCUCGCUUUUAGCUCCGAUUCCGAAUCUUUGUCCCCUGUAAGAAAACUCAAACGAUCACAGAAUUAGGGUUAGGCCUACUAUCUGCAAAAGCUGAUAUUCUGUGACUGCGUGUGUAUAUAGAAUUAUAGAUACAUAUAUGUUAAUACAUAUAUUAGACUCCUAUUAUAGAUACAUAUAAUUGUUUGUUUCAGCUAUCAUUCGGUAGGACACGAGGGAAAAUCUGAGACCAUAAUCACAUACUACGCAACAAACAAUAUCAUACCCUCCUUAUUUGUAUAUCAAACCGUUCAUUUCGCAUAAUCACCCUUCGUAAUCAAACCCAACGACUACCUCUCGAUCACCUAACGUGCAUCAAACUAUAUAUAUAUUUAUAUACACAUUUUGAUUUCAUUUCUCUUCUUUUCAAAAACCUCAAAUUUGACUAAUCGUCUCAAUCUACUUCAAAUUUAGCUCUCAUCAAUGGCUGAUCCACAUGUAGAAACAGAGGAAUCGAAACCUCAGGACCAAACCCCUUUGCUCAUUGACAUAGAACAAACCCAAGAACGCCCAAAAGAAGAAGAUUUUGAUACACAUCUUGAUAGGACCCUUCAACGAUUGGAAUUGUUUCUCACUUUGUUGGGAUUCAAGCAAUCCUCUGUGUUGAGCUUUGGAGUCUCGUGGGUGAAGUUUUUGCUGAUUGGGGUCUCACUCCCGGUUGCUGUUCUAGAGCUCUCCAAUUGUUCUGGUUGUGACAAGUACCAAAUCAAAGAUUUUGAGCUCAAUAUUGUUGCUUUGCAGGCUUGUUUGGCUGCUGUGUCUCUACUUUGCCUUUCCCACAAUUUGAGAAAGUAUGGCAUUAGGAAAUUUCUCUUUGUUGAUCGUUACAGUGGCCAAAUGGCCCGGUUUCGCGACGUUUACAUUCAGAAGAUUUCGGAUUCUGUUCGAUUGCUUGUAAUGUGGAUAGUGCCAUGCUUUGUUCUGAAGACUGCACGCGAAGUUGUCCGCAUUUUAUGUGUCCGUCAUGAAUCAUGGUGGCAUUCUUUUGUUAUUCUAUUAGCUUUGGUUAUGUCAUGGACUUAUUUGGCCACAAUCUUUCUAUCAGCCUGCAUAUUGUUCCAUUUGGUCUGCAAUUUGCAAAUUGUCCACUUUGAAGAUUACGGGAAGCUCUUGGAAAGAGAAUCUGAUGUUUUGGUAUUUAUAGAGGAGCACGCUCGUCUGCGUUAUCAUCUCUCCAAAAUAAGCCAUAGGUUCCGAAUCUAUCUGCUUCUAGCAUUCUUGGUUGUAACAGCAAGCCAGUUUGUCACUUUAUUCCAAACAACGGGAUACAGUGGAAUAAUAACUUUCGUAAAUGGCGGUGACUUUGCAGUGUCCUCCAUUGUUCAAGUUGUGGGAAUAAUUCUUUGCUUAAAUGGUGCUGCAAAAAUCUCUCAUAGAGCCCAAGGCAUUGCAUCAAUCGCGAGUAUUUGGCAUGCUUCAUUAACAUGCAGUUCUUCGAAUGCAUCUCAAUUAAGACUGUCAAAUAGCGUGGGAAACUUGGAAGCUGCAAGUACAUUGGGCUCGUUGUAUAUACACAAUUCAGAAAGUGAUUUGGAGUCACUGGAUUCUAUUGCAAUGCCGAGAAAUACACAGUUGGCUUCUUAUAUGUCCUCAUACCACAAGAGACAAGCCUUUGUAUUGUAUUUGCAGACCAAUCCGGGGGGGAUCACAAUAUUUGGAUGGACCGUUGAUCGGGGUCUCAUCAGCACAAUCUUCUUCAUUCAACUCUCGCUGGUACUCUUCGUGCUCGGGAAGACGGUAGUUUUCACUUCUGAGUGAAUUUUUUUCCAUGAUCUUGCUGCUGUCACAAAACAUCUUCCCUCCACCACAUCAGGACCUAUCAAUUCGGGUGACUGGUUGAAAUCGUUACACACUUCCGGUUCAUUUUCAAGUGGUGUGUGAGAGGUCAUCAUCACUUACAACGUCAAUAAGACCGAAAAACAUACCACUUCCAUCUUCUGACUGCGUCCUGUAAUCCACCAUUGGAAGUUCACAUAUUGUAUGCUCGUGUGAUGUACUUGUGGAAAUGUUCAUACAGACCGAAAGCACGGAAGAAAGGCACUUCAGUUGAUGUGAUGCAUUGUGUGGGAUGCUGCUGUAAAAAAAGUCGGUCCAUGUAAAAAUUAAAUAUGUGAAGAUGGCUUCACAAAUUCAUUGUUUUUUAUUUUAA